AAUCACACGAGAGCGACGGUCCACCACGAAUGACGUUGUCGAAGAAGCAUGCCUUUGACUGAAGGAUGUUGAGCCUCCUCGGGAGAGUCUUAGGCGUACAGACACGACACAAGGCAAACGUUCCUAAUCUCCGAAAACUCAGCACAGCAGUCUCUCCUUUUACAAACUUCGCACCGACGCUCCUCAUGGAGACUAAACUGUACCAGGCUCCUCCGCAGGUCCGUGGUAUGACUUCUCUUGACAAAGAGGCCUUCGCUCAGACAAUCACUGUCCCAGCUCUACGGGUACCUACGCGGUUCCUCAACAAAGUGAUGAAGAGCCUGAAAAAGUCCACUAUUCAGCGCCCGGGGGUGCCCAGAGUGGUGCAGGACAAAGAGGAGAGUCCCGAUUUUCGGCUAGUGCUGUUGGACCCUCACAGAGUGUCCUCGGGAGCCUGCUUUAGCGAGGAUGAGGCGGAAGCGCUGAGGUCAUUUGACGUCUCCCAGGAGCUGCAGCAAUAUGACUUGAAGUUGACCUACGACAAUCUGAAAAGUGAGGAGGUUCUGGAGGCUGUGCUGCCUCAAGGGCAGGACGUUACGUCAGCUUUCAGCCGAGUUGGACACAUCGCACACAUGAACCUCAGGGAUCACCAGCUCCCAUACAGGAACCUCAUUGGUAAAGUUAUCAUGGACAAGAACCCUGGUGUAACAUGUGUAGUCAAUAAGACGAAUAUUAUUGACUCGACUUAUCGUAACUUCAAAAUGGAAGUGCUGGCUGGAGAAGAGAACAUGGUUGCCAAGGUGAAAGAAAACGGGGCAACGUACGAGUUUGAUUUCUCUCGCGUGUACUGGAACCCAAGGCUGAGCACAGAACACCAGCGUGUUGUGGAUUUAGUCAAGCGGGGCGACACAGUGUUUGACGUGUUCGCCGGCGUGGGACCCUUCGCCAUCCCGGCAGCCCGUGCAGGCGCCGCUGUCUUCGCCAAUGACCUGAACCCGGAGUCUUACAGGUGGCUGCAGCACAACAGUAGAGUUAACAAGGUGGAAGGCAAAGUGAAAACCUCCAAUCUGGAUGGCCGAGCCUUCAUCCGAGGGCCGCUCAAGCAAGAGCUCCCCGCGCUGAUUAAAGAAAAACCUAGAGUGCACGUGGUGAUGAACCUGCCGGCUUUGGCUUUGGAGUUCCUGGAUUCCUUCAGAGGCCUUCUGCAUCAGGAAUCUCCCUGCGACCUCAACCUCCCAACAGUACACUGUUACGGCUUCUCAAAAGAUGAAAAGCCAGAGAGAGACAUGGUUGAAAGGGCAUCUCUCGCCUUGGGCUUCACUUUAAAGGACCACUACUCUGUGCAUUUUGUCCGCAAUGUGGCACCCAACAAAGAUAUGUUGUGUGUGAGCUUCACUCUCCCUGAAGAAGUCCUAUUCCGCCAGCGUGACGAACAGACGGAGUCGUCAGAGGAACCCGCACCCAAGAGGCAGAAAUGUGAAACAGCAGAUUCAUCAUAAACGUCAAUGCAAUCUCAACUUGACUGUUUUAAUUGAGGCAAUAUUAGAGUUCAUUUUUUAAUGUGGGGGAGUCAUACAGUCGCCGUACGUCAUUAGGUACACCCAGGGGUGAAAGUGGGCCAGAACGGUUCGGGACACCGUUCCGGUAUAAAAUUCAGGGGCGGAACUGUGCUUUAAUCCCGAAAAAGAAUGACUCAACUGUCGAACCCUAAAAAUAAAAAACCUGGUCAACUAUUAUAAAUCUAUGUUAUUUAAAGCAUAUAAUAAAUUACCUCCAUGUCAUCUACAAAACCUUUUUUGUGUUACCCAGAUUUCAAACAACUUGAAAACGUUUUUGAGUGUAUGUGGAGUGAAACUUUGGAACAAUUUAGACAAUCACUUCAAGCAAUGUCAAAAUAUCCAAAAAUUUAAAUUGCAUAAAAAUAUGGUCUGGUCACAGUAUAAUUUGCUGACAUUGUGUGUUGCUGGUCUUGGCAAUUGGUUUAAAUAAUGAAAAUUGUUAAUGAGCCAACUCUAAAUUUGUUUGCUUGAGUUGGUUGUCUAUUGGUUUAGAUUUUGUUCAUUGUUUGGACUGGGGUAUCCCACGAAAUUAGGAUUCUGGACGGUGAACUCAGGGGUGGGGAAAAACAAAAUCAAAAUUUCUUCCCACUCCCUUUCGAAUCCAAAUACAGUGGUACCUCUACAUACGAAUUUAAUUCGUUCUAGGACCUUGUUUGUAAGUCGAAAUGGUCGUAUGUCGAGCAGGAUUUUCCCAUAGGAAUACAUUAUAAUUCCAUUAAUUCGUUCCAAAGCCUAAAAACAUACACUAAAUUCUUAAUAAAUACUGCUGGCACUGUUACAAAUGGCAAUUAAACAUAGAAAAACAAAUAAGUUAUAAAUAAAUAAU